ACAAGGAUAUCCACAAAGCGAGCGACAUGGAUUUCACCAGAUGGACACACUAAAAAUCAAAUCAACUUUAUCUCAAUAUGAAGAAAAUGGAGAGGCAGUCUACUGAACAUGAGGUCAAAAAGAGGAGCAGAUGUAGGUUCAGACCACUCACUAUCUAGUGCAAGGAACCUUCCAAAUCAAGUUAAAAGCCUUCAAGGAUGCUGGUGAUAGACCAGAGUCCAAGUACAACACUCGGAAACUGAAGGAUGAAACUACAAAGGAGGUCUUCAAGGCAGCCAUCAAGACAAAAUGGGAGACAUCGAGCAACAUCCCUGAAGAAACCUGUGUGGAAGAACACUGGAAAUCUUUGAAAGAGAUGUGGAAAGAAACCUGCACAACAGUAUUAGGAAGGAAGAAGAAAGAAGACAAGGAAUGGAUCUCGAUGGAUACCUGGAAGCUGAUAGAGAAGGGAGAGGAGGAUGGUGAAACAGAAGAUAAACCAGUGCAAGGAUGCUCAACGACAAGAGGAACUGAGCACAAUGUAUAAAACACUGGACAAAGAAGUAAAGAAGAGUGCACGGAAAGACAAAAGACACUUCUACGAAACACUGGCAAGUGAAGCAGAACAGGCUGCAGGUAAGAGAGACCUGACGACAUUGUAUCAAAUAACCAGGUUAUUAUCUGGGAAGAGACCAACACAGAUGAAACCAAUAAAAGAUGAAGAAGGAAAUUUAAUUACAAAAGAAGAGAAACAGAGGAAACGAUGGGCCGACCACUUCAAGAAGCUCUUGAAUCGACCACCACCUGCACUUCGUCCAGAAAUACCACCUGCAGCCGCUGAAUUACAAGUGAACAUAAAUCCCCCAACGAAAAUGGAAGUCGUGAACGCCAUAAAGCUACUGAAAUGCGGGAAAGCAGCAGGACCAGAUGGAAUACCGCCAGAAGCACUGAGAACAGAUGCAGAGACAACAGCGGACAUGCUCACACCACUAUUGCAGAAGGUGUGGAAGGAAGAGAAGGUACCUGUCGGUUGAUUGGAAGAAGGGUUACCUUGUCAAACUGCCGAAGAAAGGAGACCUCAGUGCUUGCAAGAACUGGCGCGGAAUCACUCUUCUGUCCACCCCAAGUAAAAUAUUAAGCCGCAUCAUCCUGGAGAGGCUUAAAGAUGCACUGGAUUCAA